AUGACGCACUACGGGUGGCAGCGAGACGGUGGCAUAGCCUGCAGCAGGGUCGUGCUGAGCCGCCGUGGCGGCAGCAACAACUGCAUCGCGCAGUCGGGCGUGACCAUCUUUGCAUUGUACGGCCAGACGUGGCAGUACAACAGCAGGAAGCGCGACGGCAAGGGGGAGCGGUUCCCGUCUUGCAAGGCAUCUGUGGAGCCCGACCUCGUGGAGAUUGAUGGCCAGUUCUUCAGCCUGAACGAGACCGUGUCAGACGCGCAGAAGGAUGACUUGUACGCUCUCUUUCUGAACGGGACUGCCCUGGCAGAUGUGCCAACGGAGUUACAGGCCUUUGAGACGAAUUAUUAUGCGGGAGAAGCUUGA